CCCCACCUUGCUCGAUAACUCAUCGUUCCCAUUUCUCAUUCAGCCAUGUCCCUCAACGCAACAAGCACUCCAGGCUACACCUUUGGCACUGGCGCAGCGGCUGGCGCUGUCGACAGUGACCCCAACGCCUACCUGUACCCCCAUCAUACCACUGCUAAUGCCAAAGCUCUGAUCGAGACAGCCCAAGCCCUGGUGAACCCACGUGGCAAAGGCAUCUACGCUACCGAUGAAACUCCUGAGGGCAUCGAAGCCCGUCUCAUUGCAGCUUUGGGCGCAGACGCUGCCGGGAAGACCUUCUCGGACGCCGAGAAGAGAGAUCGUCGGAGACGCUGGAGGGAGUGCUUGUACGAGUCUCUUCCGACCGAUUAUAUUUCGGGAGUUAUCCUAUACUACGAGACCCUGGUCGAUUUCCAACUCGCUCCUGUUCUGGCUGCUCGUGGAAUCAUCCCCGGCGUCCGCGCGGACACAGAUGCACACCCGCUUCCCAUCUCACCAGCGGAACCGGCCACCCAGGGUCUCGAUGACCUCCUUCCACGCCUGCAGGCCGCUCGCGCUGCCGGCGCCCGCUUCACCAAAUGGCGUGCCCCUAUCCUUUGCAAUUCUUCUUCCCUUCCUUCCCAUGCCGCCCUCGAGGUUCAGGCCGAGUCCCUCGCCCGUUUCGCAGCGAUCAGUCAGCAGGCAGGCCUUGUGCCCAUUGUUGAGCCCGAUGUCGACUUCAGCGACGACGCCGACCUCAAACGCAGCGUCGAGGUCCACGUCAAGAUCAUCAACUUGAUCUACGCCCGCUGUGCCGCAUAUGGCGUUCUCUUGGAAGGAUCGCUCAUCAAGCCAUCCUUUGCUCAACCCGGCUUGAAGCACCCUUCGCGUUCGACCGUCUCCGCUGAGGAAAUUGGUCUUGCCACAGCCACCGUUCUUGCACGCUCGGUACCGAUCGCCGUUGCCGGUGUCGUUUUCUUGUCCGGUGGUCUCUCCGAUGGUGACGCUAUUAAGUAUCUCAACGCCGUGAACAAGGUCAUCGACACCCCUCCCGCCGCCGGCUCGCACCUGCGCCUGUCGCACCUUCCUCCUCUCACCUUCUCGUUCGGCCGUGGUCUCCAAGGUGAUGCCAUGCAGAAGUGGGUUAAGGGUGACGAGGCCGGUGCCAAGCAAGCCUUUGAAGUGCGAGCCAAAGCCUGCUCCACCGCCGCGCGCGGUGGGGCUUAAAGCGCAUUCGAGGUCUCCAUAAAAUCUCCAUGCUCGUUUGUGAAAAAAUGUAUCAGCAAAUCCUUUGUAUGUUCCAAUAGAUGUGUAGAAUUAUGAUCUUUU